AUGCACGAAUCGCAUUCCGGCCACCCCCACGCCACGAGUGCCGUGCGCGACGGGUGCGAGAUCGCAGCGCACGAUCCUGCAGCCAGCGCCGUCGUCGGCGUCGUGCUGACGCGAACUCGCUCACUCAUCUCGAGGGCUCUAUGGGUGCCCUCGGAAGCGGGGAGCUCAGACGGCUUCCCAGUCACCUCCAGCCCCACCGGCGGACUCGUGAGUACUGAAUACGACCGGGCUGACAUUGAAGGCGGCCGCUUUGCCCCAACGUACGCGGACAUUGUGGGCCGACAGGAGCCGGGGUAUGGCCGCUUUGCACUCUUUCAGCUUCUCUGGAAGAGCUUGAGCCUCUACCCAUAUGUGGACUCGUCCUCACCACCUUCCCGCGCAGCCACCAGCCCGGCAGACGACGCCCCGCGUUCGAGGUAUCUUGCGCUUGAGCCACGCGCCGAUCGCUGGACCGACACUAUGGCACAGUGCGCUCGCGGGCGGAAGACGUGCCACCAGGUCGCAAACCUCGACCUCGCCAACAUAGGGAUCAGGGCUCGCCUGCUACGUUUCGUGUUGGACGAGCCGCCAGUGCGGACGAUGGAUGUGACGUUGGGAUGGGUUGCGGAGAACGGCCGCGCGGGUUGGGCGCUGCCCUGCCCAGCGGAGUCUCCAGCGACUGGACGAGUGCUUGAUGCCGCUCUGGACAUGUUCACACGCAACCCUUGGCGGCGAAACGGCCUCGUCCAGCUCGACCCUCCGCCUACACUCCACUCUCGGGCUGAAGCUUCUGGUCACCUCGAACGACAACGCUGCCCAAACCACAGCUGUCUCCAGCAGAGGUUGCCAACAUUCUUUCUCCUUGUUGAUCACCUUGCUGUGGGGGGAUGGUUGCGGGGGGCAGGUUGUGAGUAUUGGGAGCUGCCGGUCGGUGUUGACCGUGGUGAAGGUGUACGCAUCCUCCUCGUCCUUGGUGCUGUCAAUGUUCCCCUCGAGAUCUCAGGGGAUAUCCCGUCCCGUCGAGACAGUCUCUAUGGUCGCCUGUAG